AUGUGGAUUAGUUUUAAAUUCUCAUGUGCAAGACAAUACUUAACUCUUUACAUAAGUAAUUUAUGCAGAUUCCUGUGUAUUGUUAUAUAUUUCUCUGUUAUUCCUAAAGCAUAUUGUUCACAAGUCCCAAAUGGGGUCAAAUCAGUCAACAAAGAUCUAGGACCGUUAACUUUGCCACCAUCGGCAUUUUCCGCGAGUUCCGUGUAUCAGAAUAAACCGGAAUAUCAAGCACAUAAAGCGAAUUUUGUAGUGUUUGCUUCGAAAGAAGAAAUUUCUGGUGCUUGGUGUCCAGCCAAAUUAAUUCAUAAAGAAUUAGAUGAAUGGCUUCAAGUUGAUUUUGGUGCAUUGAAACUUAUUAAAGUUCUCUUCUCUGAAGGUGGGGGUUUGAAUCAAAAUGCAUUUGUUCCAAUGUUUAUCAUUAAAUAUCAACGAGAGGAUAACACGAAAUGGUAUGAAUAUCGAAUGAGAAAUGGAAGCAAGUUACUUCACGCAAAUCGAAAUAGUCAAACAAUUGUAAUUCAAUUAGAUCCACCAAUUAUAGCAAAACGAUUACGAAUAUUGCCUUAUACUAUGGAAUCCAAUCCAAAAUUAAUGUGCCUUCGAUUGGCUAUUUAUGGAUCUGUUUUCAAUGAUGGAGUUGUUGAAUAUUCUAUUCCCGAAGGAGAUGUCUAUAGACUUGAUCCUCGUGGUGAUUUUGUUUUAAACGAUACCAAUUAUGAUGGUGUAUUAAUCUCUCCUGAAUCGUCUUUAAUGACUACCAACACUAAGGAACUAGAUAACAUGGAUAAACAACAACGUACCGCUUAUCUUACUGGCGGUCUUGGUUUAUUAAUGGACAAACAAUACUUUGAGGGCAGUUUACCUGAACAAAUAGACAGCGGCAGUAGUAGUCCUGUUGUUGGCUGGUUUCGACGAAAACCUACUAUCAAUCCAUCUGGUCGUAUUACAAUGUUGUUUAAAUUUGAUCAAGCUCGUAACUUUACACAAAUCCGUAUCCAUACUUUGAAUUCAUUAGACUAUAUUGCUCUUUUUCGUCGAGUCUCUGUUCAAUUCAGUAAUGGUGGUCAUUAUUUUGAUCGGAAUUAUCCACCGGUUGUUUUAGAUAUACAUCGUGAUAUUUAUAACUCUAAACCUCGUUGGGUCCCUAUUGAUUUAGGCUUUCGUAUAGGUCGUUAUCUACGGAUUACACUAUGGUUUGAUUAUGAUUGGAUUGUUAUUUCAGAAGUUACCUUUGAAUCAUCAUACUUAUCAAAUGAAGUUGUUUUACAAACAGAACAGUCUGAUGAUCCUAUUCAAAAGACUGCUGAUUUUGAUUCAACUGAUAUUGACUCAGAAGCGGAAAGACUAUUGGUUAUGUCGAAACCAUCAUCGUCCGAUCAAGCACAAAGUUUAUCAGUGAAGAAUUCGCCCUCGGUACAAAAAGAUCUCGACAUUGAGAAGCCAUCAUCAUCAGUAUCAUUAGCCCAAGUUACAUUGUCCACAGCGUCAUCAAUAUCGUCUUCACCAUUUGACACACCGAUUAGUGCAACAUUCAAAUUGAGAGGAUCAAAUGUACCAUAUAUCAUCGCGAUUAUAUGUUGUUGUUUAGGCUCAUUUGCAUUUGCAUGCUUUUUUGCAUUUAUGAUAUUUCGAUUGAAACGUUACCGAAGGAGACGUUUGAAAAAAUUGCAGAAACAACAAAAGCUUCCACAUACUUUAGAUAAACAAUCAUCUAUGCACCAUCAACAUUUACUUCUUACAACAGCUGGACAAAAUCAAAAUUCUUUGUCGUCUACACUGUCUACUCCUCCUUCUUGUUUAUCAUCAUCUACAUCCGCACCGACUUCUGUUCCUGCCUUAAACAAUACAUCAUCAUUCCAUCAGUAUAACCAGUUAAAAUUGUCUAAUGGGAAUCAUUAUGCUACUGAUAUUCAUAGUAAUAACAAUAAUAGUAAUAAGAUGGUGCAUUCCAAUGUUGUCAGCCUCUUACAAACUCCAACAGCUAUGGAUAUGCAUAAUAAUUAUAAUCAUUUGACUGGAGCUUUUUCUCAAGGUUACUCUGACAUGUUGACUCAUCAUCAUCCAACUGGAACACUUUGCACUCCAUACUCAACUAAUGGAAUUGAUCAAGAUGGUUUGCUAGCUUUUCAAUUAUUACAACAUGGUCCUACGGUUGGAUCGAAUUUUUCUGCAUUAAAUGGUUUAACAUUAGCUCGUCGUGGAUUAUCUGACAAUAAUAGUAAUAAUAACAAUAGUCCUGGUGUUUUCACGGUACAUCCAAUGGUUACACUAGGGACAGAUAAUAAAUUAAUCGGUGUAAAUUUACCACCGACAAGUUGUAAUUUUGCACCUCAACUAAAAGGUAAUCUACUCUGUUCACAAAACAGUAACAAUAAUGUCAACAACGGUGUAAUGAGUACCAAUUUUGUUGCCCCGCAUUCAUCGUUGCCCCCACCUCCUCCUCCACCAGAUCAACCGUUACCACCUCUGCCGAAUUUGUCAUCGGAUUUGAAUAAUGCAAACAAUCGCCUAUUGAUUAAUACAUCAUUGUCGCCUGUUUUCCCGUAUGCUGCUACCGCAGCCGCUGUAUCGUCAUCGUUUGCCUCACAAGCAUAUCCAAAUGAAAAUAGCUUUAUACUAUCCAUAGAUAGUCCAAUGCCAGAAUAUGCAAGCGCUUCAUUAUUCAGUGGUACAGGAAGUGGAACAAUAAGUUUAGGUCCAAAUGAUCUUAGAAAUUCUAUCAUCUCAAAAACUACUUUUGAUAGUUGUGAUACAACGAAUAAAUAUAAGCAAUUGAUGGAAACUUAUUGUGUACCACAACAUAUGAACUCAUGUUUUUGGUCAUCAAAUUAUAAUAAUGAUUUAAAUCAGUGUCAGUUAAAUUUUAAUGGUAUUCCUAAAUUAUCUACUCCUAUCACAGGGACAGUACAAAUGGCGGCAGCAACAUCAUCCGAUAAUACUCAUAACAAUACACAAAGUAGUAGUAUAAAUAAUGAAAAUCUCUCGGAGAGUUUAGAUUCCAGUGGUAUGUAUUAUUUAACACAUAAAAAACAUAACAACGAUGAUAAUAAUAAUGAUAACAUUUCUCCUAAUUUAAUUCAUCAAAAUCCUGCAGUGUUUUUACCGUUUACUGCUGGUGGUGGUACUUCACCGGCAGCAACAGCAGCAGCACCGCAACAACAACCACCACCACUGGGAACACACUUAAUACCGAUUCGAACAGUCGGCUUACGAUCUGGCAGUGGUAUUGCUAGUGGUGGAAUUAUAUUAGCGAAUAGAGAUAAUUCAAUAUCCAACAUUCAUUAUCAAUCUGCUCUGACUACUACUACUCCUGCUAGUCCAAAUCACUUCCAUCAUCACCAUGGUGACGAGAAUAUGAAAGAUUUAAACAAUUUUACAAUACAACAAACAACCACUAUCACCCCAAAUAGGUAG